CUUGACUUGGAUCGCCUCCUGAGAGGCCAGAGGGCGCCAUGGGCCGCUACCGCGUCCGCGUGGUCACUGGGGCCUGGCUCUUCUCGGGAUCCCUCAACCUAGUGCGUCUGUGGCUGGUUGGGGCGCACCAAGAGGCGAAACUGGAGCUGCAGUUGCGGCCAGCGCGGGGCAAGGAGGAGGAGUUUGACUUCGACGUUCCCGAGAACUUGGGGCCACUGCAGUUUGUGAAACUACACAAACAGCAUACAGUUGUGGACGACGCCUGGUUCUGCAACCUCAUCACUGUUCAGGGGACCGGGAUGAGUGCAGAGGCUGUGUUCCCUUGCUAUCGCUGGGUGCAGGGAGAGGGAAUCCUGAGCCUGCCCGAGGGGACAGCCCGCCUGGCAGCAGACAAUGCCUUGGAUGUCUUCCAGAAGCAUAGAGAAAAGGAACUGAAGGAAAGACAACAGACCUACUGCUGGGCCACCUGGAAGGAAGGCUUACCUCAGACAAUAGCAGCGGACUGUAAGGAUGACCUACCUCCAAAUAUGAGAUUCCAUGAGGAGAAGAGACUGGACUUUGAAUGGACACUGAAGGCGGGGGUUCUGGAAAUGGGCCUCAAACGUGUUUAUACCCUCCUGAGAAGCUGGAACUGUCUGGAAGACUUUGAUCAGAUCUUCUGGGGCCAGAAGAGUGCCUUGGCUGAGAAGGUUCACCAGUGUUGGAAGGAUGAUGAAUUCUUUGGCUACCAGUUCCUCAAUGGUGCCAACCCCAUGGUGUUGAGACGUUCCACCUCUCUGCCCUCCAGACUGGUUCUGCCCUCUGGGACAGAGGAGCUUCAAGCUCAGUUGGAGAAAGAACUCAAGAAUGGAUCCUUGUUUGAAGCUGACUUUAUCCUGCUGGAUGGAAUUCCAGCUAAUGUGAUCCGAGGAGAACAACAGUACCUGGCUGCCCCUCUUGUCAUGCUGAGGAUGGACCCCGGUGGGAAGCUGCUACCCAUGGCUAUCCAGAUUCAGCCUCCCAGUCCCAGCUCCCCAGCUCCAACAUUGUUCCUGCCCUCAGAUCCUCCACUUGCCUGGCUCUUGGCUAAGAUCUGGGUCCGAAAUUCAGAUUUCCAGCUGCAGGAGCUCCAAUUCCAUUUGCUGAACACUCAUCUGGUGGCUGAGGUCAUCGCUGUUGCCACCAUGAGGUGCCUCCCAGGACUGCACCCUAUCUUCAAGCUCCUAGUUCCGCACAUCCGUUACACUAUGGAAAUUAACACACGAAGCCGGACCCAGCUCAUCUCAGAUGGUGGAAUAUUUGAUCAGGUAGUGAGCACAGGUGGAGGCGGCCAUGUUCAGUUGCUCACUCGGGCAGUGGCUCAGCUGACUUAUCGCUCCCUCUGUCCUCCUGAUGAUCUGGCUAACCGAGGCUUGCUGAGAAUCCCAAGUGCUCUCUAUGCUCAGGAUGCUUUACAGCUCUGGGAAGUCACUGCCAGGUAUGUGAAGGGGAUGGUCCAUCUCUUCUACCAGAGUGAUGAUAUUGUGAGGGGAGACCCAGAGCUGCAGGCCUGGUGUCGGGAGAUCACUGAGGUGGGGCUGUGCCAUGCCCAGGACAGAGGAUUCCCUGUCUCCUUCCAGUCCCGGGCUCAGCUCUGCCAUUUUCUCACCAUGUGUAUCUUCACCUGCACUUCCCAGCAUGCUGCCAUCAACCAGGGUCAGCUGGACUGGUAUGGUUGGGUACCCAAUGCUCCGUGCACAAUGAGGAUGCCUCCACCUACCAGCAAGGACGACGUGACGAUGGAGACCGUGAUGGGAUCGCUACCUGAUACUCAGAAGUCCUGUCUUCAGAUGACCAUCACGUGGCAUCUGGGUCGCCUCCAGCCAGACAUGGUACCUCUAGGACACCACAAAGAAAAAUAUUUCUCAGACCCAAGGACCAAAGCUGUGCUCAGCCAAUUUCAAGCAGAUUUGGAAAAUUUGGAGAAAGAGAUUACAGCCCGGAAUGAACAACUUGACCUGCCCUAUGAAUACCUCAAGCCCAGCCGCAUAGAGAACAGCAUCACCAUCUGAGGCAGAGCUGCUGGGACCCAAAAGACUUCCUCAGCUCUAGGACUGCCACUACCCACUCACUUGAUUCUGUGCCUUCUCACGUCUGCUGCCGAGACUCUAAUUCCUCUCCUGACUAAAUGCUCCACAUGAGUAUUCACAGGGCACUACAUGAUCUGCUGUUGAGAGGAACAGUGUAGUCUGGAGGGCCGCCCACUUUCCACCACACUUCCUUACUCUCUCACUAAACCACUGGUGUAUGACUAUGUUCCAGGAAAACUUUAGGUGCGGACACUGAGAUAUGAACUUCACAUGUCCUUGUUUAACCAUUUAAAAAACAAAGCCAAGCGUGGUCAUGCACUCCUUUAAUCUCAGCAUCUUUAAUCUGGGAAGGCAGAUGCAGCAGAUCUCUGAGUUCAAGGCCUGCCUGGCUUACAGAGUGAGCUCCAGGACAGCCAGGGCUGAACCCCUGUCUCAACAAACAAAACAAAGCAAACAAAACCAGAUACAAAAACAAAAGUGCUUUGCAUGAUUUCUGGUUAGAUUUGGUCUAACCUCAUACAAGCCUCAAGCCCCAAAUCCAAUUUUCAAAACAUCCAAGAGCCAUGGCUGAGGAGAGGAAGAGUAUAUUUCUGGAUGAAAUCAACUACUUCAGCUAAUUCUCCUUUGCCAGGAACCAGACCUCAUGCUUGAUGGCAAACAGCAUGUAAAUCCCAGACUCUUCCCUCCACCCCCACUUUUCCAUUUUGGACACAUAUCCUGAAUAGUUAGUUCUAAAUAAAGGUGUAACUGGCCCCAAAUAAAAACCAUUUCACCAAG